AUGGCGGACGAAUCUCAGUACUCAUCCGACGCUUACUCCAACAAACGCAAAUACGAGGAGCAGACCGCUCCUCCGCCGUCAACUCGCAGGCCGACAGGCUUCUCUUCCGGUCCGAUCCCGUCUGCUUCGCCUGAUCCCGCCGCAACAGCUGUUCCACCGCCGUCUUCGUACAAUAGCGUCCCACCCCCGAUGGAUGAAAUCCAGAUGGCUAAGCAAAAGGCGCAGGAAAUCGCCGCUCGUCUCCUCAACAGUGCUGACGCUAAACGUCCUCGCGUCGAGAAUGGCGCUUCUUAUGAUUACGGUGACAAAGGGUUUAGCUCCUAUCCUUCUGAUGGUAAGCAGCUGUCAGGCACGGCUCCAUCUACCAUACCGGUUUCGUAUGGUAGCUUUCAGGGUACUACCAAGAAGAUUGAUAUUCCAAAUAUGAGAGUUGGUGUUAUCAUUGGUAAAGGUGGGGAAACGAUUAAGUAUCUUCAAGCUCAGUCUGGAGCCAAGAUUCAGGUUACUCGAGAUAUGGAUGCAGACCCUAAUGCUCCUACGAGGACUGUCGACCUAACAGGCACGCCUGAUCAGAUUUCAAAGGCAGAGCAGUUGAUCAAUGAUGUGCUUCAAGAGGCUGAGGCAGGUGGCAUAGCUGGUUCAGGUGCAGGAGGCUCCCGUAGGAUGGGUGGACAGGCAGGAUCUGAUCAGUUUGUUAUGAAAAUACCUAAUAACAAGGUUGGUCUGGUGAUUGGUAAAGGAGGUGAAACAAUCAAAUCUAUGCAAGCUAAGACAGGAGCUCGGAUUCAGGUUAUUCCUUUGCAUUUGCCCCCUGGAGAUCCAACGCCAGAACGAACUUUGCAGAUUGAUGGAACCUCCGAUCAGAUUGAACAUGCUAAACAUUUAGUUAAUGAAAUCAUCAGUGGCGAGAACCGAAUGAGAAGCUCAUCAAUGGGUGGAGGCUAUCCACAACAAGGUUAUCAAGCCCGCCCGCCAUCAAGCUGGACACCACCUGGUGGUCCGCCAGUACAACAACCUGGUUAUGGUUACAUGCAACAGGGAGCAUAUCCACCUCAGUAUGGUCAGUCACCUUAUGGAAGUUACCCUCAACAAACUUCAGCUGGCUACUCCUCUACCUGGGAUCAAUCCUCUGUGCCACCAUCCCAGCAGAGCACACAAGGUGAGUAUGAUUAUUACGGUCAGCAACAGUCACAGCAACCAAACAGUGGUGGUAGCUCAGCCCCGCCAACAGAUACCACAGGCUACAAUUACUACCAGCAGGCGUCUGGUUAUGGCCAAGCUGGUCAGGGAUACCAGCAAGAUGGGUAUGGGGCUUAUAAUGCCUCACAGCAAUCAGGAUAUGGUCAAGCUGCUGGGUAUGAUCAGCAACAGGGUUACGGCAGCACCAACAAUCCAACUCAAGAGGAAGAUGCAUCUCAAGCCGCUCCGCCGCCAUCAUCUGCUCAGUCUGGACAGGCUGGGUAUGGUACAACUGGUCAACAACCUCCUCAAGGUAGUACUGGUCAGGCAGGGUAUGGCGCUCCUCCGACUUCUCAGGCUGGUUACAGCAGCCAGCAACCAGCGGCUUACAGUUCUGGGUAUGGGGCACCACCACCGGCUGGAAAGCCACCAGCUUAUGGUGGUCAGAACCAGCAGUCUCCGGGUGCCCCUGGGAGCUAUGGUGGUCAGUCUGGGUAUGCCCAACCAGCAGCGUCAGGGUAUGGACCGCCUCCAACAUAUGGUGGGUAUGGUCAAGCUCCGCAGGCAUAUGGGUCUUAUGGAGGAUACACCCAAGCUGCUGCUGGUGGUGGAGGAUACUCUUCUGAUGGGUCUGCUGGAGCUGCCGCCCCUGGUGGUACUAGUACGCCGGCUUCACAGAGUGCUCAACCAGCUGGACCGCCCAAGGCAUCACCGAAAAGUUGA